AUUUUCAGUCUGUUUUUGAUACAUUUUCUUCUCGAACCUUCUGCUUAAUACCGGUUUACCCAUAGUGCACCUCGUCGCUUCCUUUCUUCUUGGUUGUCUGUCGAUUCUCAAAAUGUCGAUGUUAGAUGGUCCGUUAAAUGUGCUCGGCCAGAGGACAACUGGCGAAUCAGUUCGCACUCAAAAUGUCAUGGCCGCAUCAUCCAUCGCCAACAUCGUUAAGAGCUCACUGGGACCAGUUGGCCUCGACAAGAUGUUGGUGGACGACAUCGGGGAUGUGACCAUCACCAACGAUGGAGCAACCAUCCUGAAGCUGCUGGAAGUGGAGCACCCAGCUGCUAAGGUCUUGUGUGAACUGGCUGAACUGCAGGACAAGGAGGUUGGAGAUGGGACCACAUCUGUGGUAAUUCUUGCCGCAGAAUUGCUCAAGAGUGCAGAUGAGCUGGUGAAGCAGAAGAUUCACCCCACAUCAGUCAUCAGUGGAUAUCGUCUGGCUUGCAAGGAAGCAGUUCGCUACAUUAAUGAGAAUCUCACUAUCGGAACAGAUGAUCUUGGCAGAGAGUGCUUGAUCAAUGCAGCCAAGACCUCCAUGUCCUCCAAAAUCAUUGGAAUUGAUUCAGACUUCUUUGCUAACAUGGUGGUGGAUGCUACCCUCGCAGUGAAGUUUGUGGACUGCAAGGGGGUGGCCAAAUAUCCCAUCAACUCUGUCAAUGUGCUGAAAGCGCAUGGCCGCAGCCAGAAAGAGAGCUACUUGGUCAACGGCUAUGCACUGAACUGCACAGUUGGAGCACAAGGCAUGGUAAAGCGUCUCCUCAAUGCCAAAAUUGCUUGCCUGGACUUCAGCCUGCAGAAGACCAAGAUGAAGAUGGGAGUCCAAGUCCUUAUCAACGACCCAGAGAAGCUUGACCAGAUCAGACAAAGGGAAUCUGAUAUAACCAAGGAGAGGAUCCAAAAGAUUUUGGCAGCAGGAGCCACGGUUAUCCUGACCACCGGUGGCAUUGAUGACAUGUGUCUCAAGUACUUUAUGGAUGUAGGAGCCAUGGCAGUGAGAAGGGUUCUCAAGAAGGACCUCAAACGCAUUGCCAAGGCAACAGGAGCCACCGUCUGUCCUUCUUUGACCAAUCUGGAGGGAGAGGAGACAUUUGAGGCCACUAUGCUUGGCCAGGCAGAAGAGGUUGUGCAAGAACGCAUCUGUGACGAUGAGCUCAUUCUUGUCAAAAACACCAAGGCACGCACAUCAGCAUCCAUCAUUUUGCGUGGGGCCAAUGACUUCAUGUGUGACGAGAUGGAGCGCUCGCUGCAUGAUGCUCUCUGCGUGGUCAAGAGGGUGCUGGAGUCAAAGUCUGUAGUACCUGGAGGUGGCGCUGUGGAGGCAGCUCUUUCAAUCUACCUUGAGAAUUAUGCUACCAGCAUGGGUUCCCGAGAACAGCUGGCUAUUGCAGAGUUUGCUCGGUCUCUCCUCAUCAUCCCCAAGACGCUGGCUGUAAAUGCAGCUCAGGACUCUACUGAUCUGGUGGCCAAGCUCCGGGCUUUCCACAAUGAGGCUCAGGUUAAUCCUGAACGCAAGAAUCUCAAGUGGAUUGGUCUGGACCUGGUCAACGGCAAGCCCCGAGACAACCGUCAGGCUGGCGUGUACGAGCCCACCAUGGUGAAGACCAAGAGCCUCAAAUUUGCCACUGAGGCUGCCAUCACUAUCCUUCGUAUCGACGACCUCAUCAAACUGUACCCUGAGCCUAAGGAUGGCGGCGCUAGUUACCAGGAUGCAGUGCGGUCUGGAUCUCUGGACGGUUAAAAAGCUCAGAUUGGUCCUUAUAUGUUCACCUGUAUUUGUACAAAAGGAGCUCUUCAUGGCUGUCGCUCUAGUGUAGGCCGUGCACUUUGCCUGUUUACUUCCCACUCCCUUGCUUCCAGACUAACUGUAAGUGAUUUGUUUUUUUUGGACACUUAAUAAAGCUCCACUGGUUGUA